AUGAGCACUACACCAGACCCAAGAUUUCCCGACCUUCCUGGCUUGAUCUUUGGCUUUUCUCCGUCUCAACAUCGAAGAAGCUCCAUGAAACGCCUUCUAAGUCGCUAUAACGUUCAGGUGAAGGGUAACGAUAGAAAAGAAGAAACUCUUCGGAAGCUUCUCGAACUUGAAAAGUCGCUUGGUGAAAGAGAAAAAGAAGCACUGGUGAGGUGGUUCGCCGGCGAGAAUUCAUGUAGAGCUCUAGCAGCUCUUUUAGGUGAUGCCUUGAAGCCACCGAUCACUCUAGAGAUCACUGAAAAACCAGCAGCCAAAAAAGCAAAACUCGAACCAGAAGACGAAGUUCUGUUCGCCGCAGUUAAUGAGUGUAGGAUUUGCAUGGAAACCCUAGCACCGGAAAAGUUCCCACAAAGACGCAUAGCCAGUACAUGUGCACAUCAUCCAGCGGUUUGCUGUCAAUGUCUGACCAAACAUAUCAACAUCCAAGUUCAAACAAAGGCAUCUGAUAAGAUUUUGUGCCCUGAGUGCCCGGAAAAAGUUUCCGAUGCGGAAAUAAAGAGUUAUGCAUCACCAGAAGUGUUGGAAAGGCAAUAUACUCUGUUCAUUUCUGUCAUAACCAUACUAACCUAUAAACCUAACAGAAAGGGAAGGAGAACAUUCAUUAUGUCUCUUCAACACCUCCCAAACUUUACCUUUUGCCUUAAUCCUACCUGCGAAUCAGGUCAAAUACAUAAAAGCGCCGAUCAGCCUAUGAUGACAUGUACUACGUGUAACUUUAAAACAUGCUUCAUUCACAAACUUCCAUGGCACGAAGACCUUACAUGCGCCGAAUUCGACAUUUUUAAUCAAGUCCGUGUUCGUCAAGAAGCAGCUUCCGAAGCAUGGAUUACUCAGCAUGCGAGGCUUUGUCCAAACCCAGAAUGUGGAAUGAGAAUACAGAAGAAGACUGGUUGCGAUCAUUUGGUUUGUGAUUAUUGCCUCUUCGAAUUUUGCUGGUGUUGUUGUGCCGAUUUCCGGGCAAUUAAGAGACAAGGUAAUGAUGGUCAUAAGGUAGACUGCCAAUGGCAUACGAGCAAUAAGAAUGGUAUACCUGGACAUGGAAGAAGACGUGAGCCUGCCCUAAAACAGCCUAAAGAGGCAAAGGAUCCGAAGAAAUCGAAGCAUUCGAAGAAUCCGAAACUUUCGGAUGCAGACCCAGCUUCGGAAAGAUUGAAUAUUUCGACAGGACUGAAACAAUUGGAUGAGCCAAUUAUCCCAGAGGAUAGGCAGCAUUCAAAUGCGCCAGUUGAACCACAGAAGACAGCGAAUGGGAUUGAAGUAAAUCGGCCAGAAGCUUCAGAUGAUGAUAAGCAUCCGCCUGAACCAGAUGUUCCAGAAGGUCUAAAAGAAUCAGUUGAUCCACAACAACCGAGAGAGGCAGGAGGAACAACUCAACCAAAUCCACUAAAGCGAUCUAGAGAGGAAUAA